AUGGUGGCUAUCAUUAAGCUCCUCGUCUUGGCUUUAACUGCCUCCGCAACGCCCCUCGUCUACCGCGACGUCAUUACGGUUCAGAACGAUAUAACGCAAAAGAUUGGCCCUCAAAUCAACACCCUUAACAAGGAUGUAAGCGGCUUUCCUGCUAGCGGCUUGACUGGGGCACUGGCUAUUCACGGAGACGUACAAACCCUUGUUAGUACUGUGAAUACUGCGAUUACCAACAUUAAGAGCACGGGCUCCUUUGGCACAGUGUCUGGUACUACCAUCCUUGCAAAUAUCCAGGCCAUUGUUCCGGAUUUGCUGGCAACGUUGGAAAAUAUCGGACUCCAAGAGCCAAGUUGGGCCCAAAUUGCGGGUGGACAAGCCCUUAUGCUCAGUGAUCUCCAUUCUCUGAACACAGCUUUCAGUAACUAUAUGGACGCUAUCAUAGGCGCCGAGCCUCUUCUUCUCAAGUCUGGGGGGGUGGCAAUCAAGGCCCAGAUAACCGGUGCCUUCACCACUGCUAUAGCCGCCUACUCAUACGUAUAG